UAGGGACACCUGAAAGCAGCCAGUGACCAGCAGGAGCCAGCAUGGGAAACAGCUCAGGGUGGGAUGAAGGCAACAGCAGCUGCAGCAGCGCAGGCAACAGCUGCUACCUGGACAGCAGCCUGAAGCUCAACUUCACCUUCCAGGAGCAGGCACCUGAUUUCUAUGUCGUCCUCCCCGUGAUUUACUCCAUGAUCUGUGCCGUUGGGCUCACAGGCAACACUGCUGUCAUCUACGUGAUCCUCAAGGCCCCCAAGAUGAAGACGGUGACAAACAUGUUCAUCCUGAACCUCGCUAUAGCUGAUGACUUGUUCACGCUUGUCCUGCCCAUUAAUAUCGCAGAGCACCUCCUUCACUACUGGCCCUUUGGGGAAGUCCUCUGCAAGGUCAUCCUGUCCAUAGACCACUACAAUAUCUUCUCCAGCAUUUAUUUCCUAACAGUGAUGAGCAUAGACAGGUAUCUGGUAGUACUGGCUACAGUCAGGUCCAAGAGGAUGCCACAUCGCACCUACCGAGCGGCCAAGAUUGUCAGUUUGUGCAUCUGGGUCCUGGUCACCAUCAUAGUUCUCCCUUUCAUCAUCUUUGCCAAUGUCUACAUAGAUGACCUGCAGAUCAAGAGUUGUGGCCUGAAUUUCCCCAAGCCUGAAAGGUUUUGGUUCAAAGCCAGCAGGAUCUAUACCCUCAUCCUUGGCUUUGCCAUUCCGGUAUCCACCAUCUGCAUUCUCUACACCAUGAUGCUCUACAAGCUGAGGAACAUGCACUUGAACUCGAAUGCUAAAGCCUUGGACAAAGCCAAGAAGAAAGUCACUGUCAUGGUCUUCAUUGUCCUGGCUGUCUGCCUCUUCUGCUGGACCCCCUUCCACUUGGCCACCAUUGUGGCUUUGACCACGGAUCUACCCCAGACCUCCAUGGUCAUCGGUAUAUCCUACUUCAUCACAAGUCUAAGCUAUGCCAAUUCCUGCCUCAAUCCUUUCUUGUAUGCUUUCCUCGACGACAGCUUUCGAAAAAGUUUCCGGAAGAUGCUGGAAUGCAGAACUUCCUGAAAGAGUCAUUCGGGGCUCCCAGAUCCUUUCCCCCCACAGCUUUGCGGGGACAACUUUGCAAACCUUUGAAAGGAUGGCUAAGAAAUGCAGAAGUGCUCUCCUUUCUCUCUGAUUGACACGUUGUACGUGUGUGUUUCGCUUGGCUUGUUAUCAUUCGCGUGCACUCUACCCCUUCCUUGUAAAUCUGGUGCUUUCCUCCUCUGCAUCUCCCAGGUUCUCCAAGCUGCAUCUUCGUAAUCUUGUUCUUGUCACACCUUGAAGCCCUAAAGGCAGAAAGCCACUCUCAGAACAUGUAUUUCUGCUCCAUAACAGUCCUUUAUUGCCAUCUGCUGUACAAUACAGAUAAGCUGAGUUUCUUCCCAUGUCUUACUAUCGAAAGAGAGCAACCUUUGAGGAUCGAUGUAGGCUUCAGUUCUUAAGAGAUUUAUUUGGGAGAUUGCUCCGUGAAGCAGAGUUAACUGCCAUUCACCACAGUGUGUUCAGAUAUUUGACAUAGAAAAUGGAAAAUAAAUGAAUAUUUGAAAGAAAUAAGCUAAGCAUUUUCCUGUCUGUGUGUGUACACUUGUGUUUUGGGCGUAUGUUUGAUUCUGAGGGAUGUCUAGCUCCUCUAAAACUCCUACUUUCUUGUUAACACAAAUUCGAAUAUAAACCAAAAGCGAAAUCUGUAUCUCAAAAAUGGUGUUGAGCAACAGAUAUUAUGGCAACUGUGGGAUUUCGUU